AGGCCCUCAAAGUCAGUCUAUUAUCAAACGCCGAGCGUAGAUGAAUGUGCGUUUUUAAGUCAUUACUUUCUCUCUCGUUCCUUCUUGAACUAGCGAGUGGUUCUGCAUUUUCCGCGGGUGAUCGGAUACUCGAUAGUUCCCACGCGUUCUGCUCAUCGUGCGUCGUGGGCGUCGUCGUUUAAGUGAUACGCGCGUCGUACCCAAAAGGACUCGUAAUCGUAUUUUCGCUCGCAAAACGCGCGCGCUAGCCAAUCGAAUCGUAAUCAACGUGAAAAUUUCGUUCCGUCUGCCACCUGUGCGUUUGUGUCCAGUACUCCGUCGGGACUGAAGCUGGCGGACAGUGAAAGAGUGGAUUUACGUGUACGUAGAGUUUUCUUCCUCACCCUCCCAACCGGACAGUGAAGCCAGACACCAAAGUUCAUCCGGUUCGGCCGGGACGCUCUGGGAAGAUAUAUAAAUUCGUUUGUUUUAUUUGGAAGUCAUUAAUCACAGCGGGAAGCAUCCGUGUGUUGCUCUGUGGCCUAUGGACUGACUCUGCUGCUAUCCGUCUGCUGAUGCUGCUGCUCCCUCACAGGGGGAGGUGAUUUUCGCGGAUGUUUUGUUACAGUUUAAAUAGCUGUGGAAAAUAGUGGUCCCCCUACCGGCGGCCGUAAGGAAGGCCACAUUAUUUGAGCUGCUCGUACGGUCGUCCAGGAAUAGCAGUUGUAUAGUUGCGACGGCUGGUAGCGUGAAGAAUUGCAACAAAGUGAAAAACGAGCUAUUUUCAUGAGCAAGUGCACCCGAAUGAAAACGCAGCAAGAGUGAAAUUUAAGUGCACUACCUGCUUCACUGUGUUAGGGAUUUUUUAUACUAGGAAAAAAGUGGUUUAUUUAUUGUUUUUUUUUUUACUCUCUGCCUAGGAGGGCACAUUUAUGAUUUCGGAUCAAAUCAAAAUCAUCAGUGUAGGAGAUGAAAGAAGCAUAUGUACAAUCUGACUCGCCUCGCUGAAACGCUUCGGAACGCUCGGCUUUUAGUGCAGUAGUGUCGAUAAAAGUGAAGGCUGUUAAACAAAGUGUGAAAAUCAACGUUUAUUUUUCAUCCCGAGCGCGCGCGCGAUCAUCGAUCUAUCUCUGCCAUGCAACAAAUGCAAACAAACAAAUAAUCUCACGGGGCCGGUUUCGAUCCCAGUGCCAUCUAAGAAAGCAGACUGCUGCCAGCCAGGGGUGAUAAAUGAUUGCCGUUGCAAAAUCAAACGAAAUUUGAUCGCUUUUUUCGCAACCAUCAUCAUCAGCAACAACAACAGCAGUAAACCUUCGAUCGAAUCUUCCACAUCAGCCAGGCUUCAGUGAAACGUAAUAUGAGAUGUGGUGUUUGCUAGUGCUGCUGCAGAUUUUUAUCGUUAGAGAAACGGCCUUCGGAAUCAAACUGACGGAGGUUCGAGUGCCUAAGCACACCAUCAAGGAUCAUCCGGUGCGGCUCGAGUGCCAUUACGAGAUGGAAGGCGAGGCGCUCUAUGCGGUCAAGUGGUACAAGGAUGGCAACGAAUUCUAUCGCUACGUGCCAAGAGAUAACCCACCGGCCCAGGUUUUCCCACUCACCGGAAUCAACGUCGAUGUGCAAAAUUCAACCAACGACCAAGUGGUGCUGGAUCCAAUCGAGCUGUCUUCCAGUGGGAAGUACCGGUGUGAAGUGUCUGCUGAAGCGCCGUCCUUCCAGACCGUGUCCGACCACGGCGAGAUGACUGUCGUAGUGCUUCCGGACGAGGAUCCGCACAUAACCGGGGGCAAACCGCGCUACCAGAUUGGUGACUACGUGCGAGUCAACUGCACUUCCGGCCGCUCCAAACCGGCGGUGCAUCUGACCUGGUACAUCAACAGUGAACCGGUGGAUCCGGCCCUGGUCCGACAGUACGAACCGGUCGUGUCCGGCUCGGACAGGUUGGAAACGUCUAUCCUGGGGCUAGAAUUUCGCGUCAAACCAAAACAUUUCAAGCGAGGCGAUAUGAAGCUUAAGUGCCUCGCUACGAUCUCAACCGUGUACUGGAAAAGUAACGAGGAAAGCGUCGAAGGGGACAAACCGCAAAAGGCGCCGAUGCUCGAGUCGCGGAAGGCCGUCUCCUCCAACACUCGGGCGGACCGAGUUCAAGCAAACAACGCACCGAACACAAUCUACAGCAGAGCCUCACUGCUAGUGACAUUCACUGCGCUGGCGGUCACCCUGUUGGCAUACGCAUCCACCCUGUCGCUCGACAGUAUGAGCCAACAGCAUCCUCGACUAGUCCGGUUUAGCAGCCAGCAGACCUUAAGGUAACUAGAAGCCGUCCAGGGCUUCACACUACCGAUACACUAGGAGAGGAAAAACUCGAAGCAUCGUCGGACGGCAGUUCCGAGUGGAAAAAACCAAAAUUUUAACCUUAAACAAAAUGCUAUUCAAAGAAAAAAUUAGAAAGCUGAAUGCAGUGUCAGAAUAUGGAUGCCGUUGAGUGUGAGCUAAGUGUGCGCGACAACCUGUUGUUUUAGAUAACUAAGUUAUGAUAAAUUUAAACAAUUAAAACGCAGAUAAAAGCCAUCUUCUAAAUGUGUAGCGAAUGGGAUGACGAUGGAAAUAGUAUUACGACGCAGACCCGUGCGAAGUUCAAAGAGUAUAAUUUAUUUAUGACGCCAGGAGAGAGCAUUUCCAUUUGCCUCCACUCUAGCAAGUGGAGUUAAAAUUAUUCCAUUUCAAGAAUCAAACAAGUGAUUAGAUAGACAACCCGCGAAAGAACCGAAAUCUAACUAUUUCAUUUGGGUAAAUAUCUUCAUUUUGUUCGCGAGUUUCGCUAUCUAAACAGACCGUUUCGAGGAGAAGGAAUAGUGAUAUAUUCCUCGUUUGGUUUAGUCAAAUUACGUUAUUAUUUCAACCGUAGUCUGUGAAUAAAGCCUAUUAGUUUUCUACUUGGUGGAUUUUGUUCGUUCCACCCACCCGUCAGGAUAUAACUGAAUAACAUUUUCAUUUGAAAGCCCAUUCUUCCUAUAGUCGCGAGAAGCUCCAAGCCAGUGCCGCACACGAAAUCAGGAAAUAUAUUAUCGCCCCUUUCCUCCUCAGCGCUUGUUGCAUGUCGGCUUCUAAACAUGGUUCCUUAACCUCUCCGCCCGCUUAUCCCGCAUUCCCCCUCCCACUACUUGUUUUCGGUUAAGCACACUCACCCCAAAUUCCUGGCUUAAACGAGUUCGUCGAAGUGGCACACCACAUGAAAAAGGAAGAGAGAGAAAAAAAAACAUAAACCUCCAGCGGAAGUCAAACGGGUAAUCUAAAAAUUAAAUUCGACAUCGCGCUGUCAAUAGCUGUUAGCGUUGAAAUGUAUGGAAAAUAAUGCCGCCGGCAGAACGGGGCGAAAAACCACGAAGCCGCCCGCGGCGUACCCCUUAAUAAUCGAACACAAAACACAUCAUCAACCGCCGCACGUCGUUUCUGUCUCGUUUGAGGUAUGGCCUCUGACGACGACGCCGACGACGACGAAGGCCUGAAUAACAACCGAACACCCAAAAAAACAGCCCCGUUUUGGGUUGUCAUUUCUCCGUGAAAAAUGGGUAGGGGGCAUCGAGAUGCUAUCUAUAAAACCUUUUAUUUCCGAAACCGAAGCUUUUGUUAGAGUCGAUCGGAACGAAUAAGGGGUUCGACGGUGUAUGCGUGUCUGUGUGUGUGUCUGGUGUGAAUGUUAAGCAAAAUUCAUGCUUUGUUCUCGAACCGCCAUCACUGGCUUUUACUGACUGGCACGGUGCCGUAUCGCGACCGAUGCGAUCAGUAACGCCGAUGUUUUUCCCUCCAAUCAGGGCCCGCGUACAGGAGAGAAAAACAAACAGUACAAUAACAACAACAACAACUACCGCGCGCAAAACGUCAAUUUGUUUUUCCGCAUAUUAUCAAGCGACGGCCCGGUAGGCACACGCACACAAAUCCAGAAUUCCAGAAAGGCGACCGAACCAUCAAUCGAGGCGGGAAAUUAUAGGGAAUCCGUGAACGGUCCCGAACUGCUCGAUCCAAGGUUCCCGUGAUUGAUUCCGUAUGGUCUUUAAAUAUGGAUCACGCACCGGCGGAGGUACUUUCCCGAAAAGAGCGCUACUAGCGCGCGUUAGUCAAUCUUACUGGGAGGAUUACCUGCGAACCAAUUGUUUAUGUGUAUUUGGAAGGGCGCUGAAGGGUAACGCACUGUUGUGUGGAGCCGGAAUAUUGAAUUUUUCAUGCUUGAUAGAAUUCCGGCAACGAGAAUCAAAAAAAAAAAUUAGGAUAUCUUUUUAUUUAUAAACUAUAAUUGUGCCCAAGUAACAAUCCUAAUGCGAUUUAGUGUUAUUUAAAUUUUAUGGUAGUUUUAUUAAAACAUUACUUAAUAUACGGAGUUUUAUCACAAGAUUUUUUAAGAACUUGUGGUUUUUAUUUAUCAGCAGUUUCCAAGAGUGAUUAAGGAACACUUGAAAAGUCCUCCGUAAUACUUCUUCAUCAAUAAGUCUAAUGAACCUGAGGAGCGGUUUUUAGCCCCACUUAAUAUCCCAUUUAAAAUACCUAUGAGAAACUUCCAUAAAACUUCAUGAGAGUUUUAUGAUAGUUUUAUGGUACUUAUCUUUAAAAUGAAUCUAUCUUGACAAUGUGCCCAAAAAUUGUUCUUAAAAUCAUUUUGUCUCAUGAAAGAGAAAACAUUCGUGAAUGAAAAGAAUCCAAAAUAAACAAACAUUUUUCAGCUCAUUCAAACAACUUACUCCUUAAGUCAAGUCAACCUACAUCAUAUUAAAUCAAAUCAUUUAAGCGUGUAUACUUUCGUUGUGAAUAAGCAUCAAAAAAUGGUAUGCAUUCUUCUGCUUUAUGCAUUAUGUUGCAUUUCUUCAUUUGGCUCAUUCAUGUUUUAAGGCCCUAGCCUAUAACCGAUUUUAGAAAUUAAAAAUAUAUAAAAGGAACAAGAAGUUUAAGCAAUUAACCAUGGGUUUGGAUAUAGCUUUCAUUCCUAUGAGUAAUUCUUCCGGUGUCACCACCAUUUGCUUGUAAACGUUGUUGAAAUACUUCACUACAUUAUUAUUGCUUGUGAGCUUUUGUAGCUUGCGUUUCUUUGGAGGUGGCACUGGAUUGUCUUUCACUUCAGUAUCAGGCUAUAUCUCCAUCCGUUCGAGCUCAUAAUCAGCACGAUGCUUGACUAUAAACAAACAGCUGUCAAAUGGGAGAGGGAGCUAUCCUUGAUAAAAUUUGUUUGUCUUGAGAAGUUCAAACAAGUUUUAUUCAAGCGCAACUAUUCUUUCCCGAGAAUUCAAUAAGUAAAUGCCAACUUAUCGAGAUACUAAAAAAAUCUCAUUAGUCUUGCACAAGAAGUUUUAGUUAGAAGCUGUCUUAUGAAAGAUUAAUAUAAAACCAUCGACAAAUAUGGCGAACAGACUGCGAAUAGCUCCGUCAAAAUAAUAGCCAUUUGUAAUUAAAUAGUAAUAAAAGACCGUAAUUCUCAAUGUUACUAAUAUUUCUGGCAGUUUAGUAGUGAAUGUUGAUCAUGAUGAACACAAAGUUUAGUAAAAUUUUCCAUAGUCAAGCAAACCUGAACUUAACGAAAAUUCAGAUAUUUUUCUUAUUUUCGAAAUAAAUUAUUUAUUUGGCAGUAAUAUCAUGGCGCGUUGAAAAUUACAAACUUUUGUGCCACAUAACACGUAUAAACUGAACAUGGCAAUUAAAAAUUCUCAUAUAUGAACUUGAAAAUACGUGAAGAUUUACUAUUUUAUUUAACAACAACGGUGACAUUCAUUUUUGAGAAGGAGUAGAUCGAUGGGGUUCGUUUCAUAAAUUGCUCUAUGUUAAUAAUAAAUAAACUCUGUUCCAAGCAAAAUAAGCUAAAAAGAAGGAUCGCGAACCUAAUUUAUAAAACUCUCGAAAUUUGUUAUAGUUUUUUCAUGGUUCAUAGUUUUUUCUAAAUAUUAUGAGUAAAUAUCGAUAAAAAUAUAGAGUUUUAAGGGAACUUUAGGAACUAUUCUCGAGCACCUUCUCUAGCAUGGGCCUCUUCGAUUUUGUGAGGACUUUACGGCUGAUUCGUAGCGGUUUGUGAGAAUAAUAAGAUUUAUGACCUGUUUUAAGGGACAAGCAAUCAAAACUUCUUCAAGUGCAUCGUAAAACUGAUAUUGUUACUUGGGGUGGAUUAACUCUGAUUGACAAAAAGUUACAGUAAAUUCCAUACAAAAUUAGAACACAAUUUGCUUCAAAGAAUGAAGAAAGUUAGAGCGAUUUGCAGCGCGCCUCGCCACGGCCGCAUAAGCUAAACUUGAAACUUUACACGCGAUUAUCUCGGAAUAGUUUUUUCCGGAAAAUGACUUUGCCGUGAUACUAAUUGCGGGAAAACUACUAAACCGAUUUCCUUCAUCUUUUUUUUUAAAUUUUCGUUAUAAAAUUCGCCGGUCCUUGAACGAUCGCUUUUUGAAACAUACAGUUACAUUUUGCCACAAAAAAAAAUUUUUUAAUGCAAUUUUUUGGGAAAAACGUUCCCGUUUGCACUAAAAACAAAAUACUCAUCAAAGCGAUCGUUCAAGGACCCGGCACACUUCUAAACUAAUGAAAAAAUAUGAGUUUUUUGAUUUCGGUUGACCCACUAAGUCUCUGUCAGGAUCACCGCAAGCCUCUGCAAAAAAAUAGCGCUUCGGGGAAACAGCCAUUACUGCAGUAAUAAUUGGUAUAUCUCAAAAUCAAACGUAUUUUUUUGUUGUUGAUAAACUGUACUUUCAGAAAAAUACUACUUUGAUACAAUGAAAAUGGUGCUAUGCACUUAAAAAUAAAUUCAAACUUCCCUCAUUUUGCUCGACCAAAGAGGUAUAUAACCCCUUAAAAAGAGUGGAAUACUGGCUUGAGUACCUACUUUACUUUACUUACUUUUACGGCGACAGACCGAUUAUCGAUCCAAUGCCGAAUCCAGAAUACGUCGCCAUGUCACUCGGUCUUGGGCUGCUAUCCUCCAAUCUCCCCUAGCACAUAUUUCGCGGGCAUCCUCGUCGACAGCAAACAUCCAACGAGUGCGAGGCCUACCUCGAUGUCGACGGCCUCUAUCGGGAUUUCUGCUGAAUAUAGUCAUCGCUGGUCGUUCUUCCGGCAUUCUAGCUACAUGCCCAGCCCACUGCAACCUGCCGUGUUUUAUCCGCCUAACUAUAUCCGCCGAUUUGUACACCUGGUAUACUUUAUGGUUCAUGCGUCUGCGCCAAACACUAUUUUCUAGUUUUCCGCCAAGGAUUGAACGCAAAACCCUACGCUCAAAAACACCAAGAGCUCGCCGAUCGGCCUCUUUUAACGUCCAUGCUUCAUGGGUUGUAGAGUGCAAGUUUAGUACGGGUUUGCAGAAUACGGGACCUCAACUGGUUACGUAAUCCGUAGAAGGCCCUGUUUGCAGCUGCUGCGUUGUCACAUGUCACUAGUGUACCCUAGUGUAGUGUAGUGUAAAUGAAUUCGUCGACUACUUCAAAAGUUUCCCCAUCUAACACCACCUCAGCACCAACAUCCGUCGGACUACCACGCUCUCUACCAGCCACCAUGUAUUUCUUUUUGGCAGAGUUAAUGAUGAGCCCUACUCUCGCAGCUUGCCUCCUGAGAGGUCCGAAGGCCUCUUCCACAGCUCUACGGUUAAUACCAAUAAUGUCGAUAUCGUCCGCAAAACCGAGAAACAUGUGAGACUUCGUAAUGAUGGUGCCGCUUCUUUGCACACCGGCCCUCCGUAUAGCACCCUCCAAUGCGAUGUUGAACAAUAUGUUUGACAGCCCGUCUCUCUGCUUCAAACCAUCUAACGUCACGAAGGAGUCCAAUAUCUUACCGGCUAUCCUGACGCAUGAUGUAGAGCCUUCAAGGGUGGCACGUAUCAGCCAAACUAGUUUUGUUGAGAAACCAUGUUCGACCAUAAUUCGCCAACUCAUAACUCAUCUCUCUUUACUGUAUCGUACGCUGCCUUGAGGUCAACGAACAGAUGGUGCGUCUGCAGGUCGAAUUCUCGAAAUUUAUCGAGGAUCUGACGCAGGGUAAACAUUUGGUCCGUAGUGGAGCGUCCCUCUCGAAAACCACAUAAUGCCCCGAUAAUUACUACAGUCCAGGCCUUUCUUGUAGAUUGGAUAUAUGAGACCCUCCAACCAAUCAAAGGACAAUUCUUCAUUGGACCACACUCUCAGCAUGAUCCGGUGUGAAGCACGAUACAGCUGUUCGCUCCCGACUUUAAAAAGUUCGGCUGGAAUGACGUCCUUACCAGCUGCCUCGCAGUUCUUCAGCUCUUUCACUGCUUUCUAAACCUCGUCCAUGGAUGGUGGGUCCACAGCUUUGCCAUCAUCCUUAAUCUGGCUUGAGUGUAUCACCUAUCACUUGAAAAAUACAAACAGUUUUGAGCCGUUCAUGUAUGGUGAGAAAAUAUUGGAACUUCGCAAAAAGAAAAGGACUAACCUAUAAAGAAGCAGCCCUCAUAGGUCAAUCUUCAGCUUAACACAAAGCCACGAUCGUAAGGUUGACGUGAAACUACACAAAAGUCUUUUGACGAUUGGUGGGGAUAGCGCCAAAAAGACUUUUCAAAUUAAAAAUAUAAGGAAGAAAACUAUCCUUAAAUGUUUGAAGCUUGUUUGACUAUGAUGGGUUUGGCUAAAGCCCAAAAUAAAAUAUUUUAAAUAUACAUUUUUGGAUGUUAGCGAAAAAACAGUAGAGAAAAAUGUUUAAUCUUCAAUCAAUCACUUGAUUGCCCCGAUUAGAACAGUUGUCGAAAUCGUAGAUUUUAAAAUGAUUUAUGUGAGGUAAACGCAGACUCGGAUUUAUGCUGCCAAGUUGGAAUCAUCCGUCUUACCAUCCAUUAGCACAAUCAUAAAUUUGAGCAGAAUCAGACUCCUGUAUAGCCUAAAGUGCUACUUCAGACAGAUGUUGCGUUUUGUAACUAGCUCCACCUUUUUGUUUAGUUUUGUUGUUUGCUCCAAGUUGCAUUCCAUGUUGGAAACCACCGAAAAAGGACCGAUGAAGCUGUCACACAUGCAACACUAUAACCCGUAUCGUGUUACGGUUUCGAACGACAAGCGAUUUCUUCUUUUCGUUCUCAGUCACGCAACAGUUUAUUAUACUAAUACAGCUGUGCGACUGAAGGACAACAAAAUUCCGCUCUUGCUGACUGGUAACAGGCAUGAGAAUGAAGUUAGAAGUGUAAUAGGUUUUUUUUUUCAAAACGAAUUCAGCAUUUUCAGCAGAAUACAAUGCAAUACUUUUUUUUGAAAUUUUGUGCAAAUGUGGUGCUGAAGUGCUACGAAAUUUUGAUUUAUAUAUGCGGGACUUAUUACAAACUAGAGAGUAGCUGAUGAAUAGCGAUCACCUGCGACUACCUUUCGCAAGUGGAAGACGUCGCACUGAUUGUGAUUGAUGUCAGCUGUGUAGAGGCUGAGGAGGCGGCAAGAGCUACGAACGAAGAGCUCAUUGAGAUCGCUAUCUCUGAGGUGAGAAAGGCACCUGGAUCGGAUGGAAUCCAGAACCUGGCUAUUAAAACGGUUAUAAAGGCGGUCACGGGGCUGUUCAGGACGGUUAUGUAGAAAUGCUUAGAUGACUGCCUCUUAACGGAUAUAUGGAAGCGACAGAGACUGGUCUUACUGCCGAAGGCCGGGAAUUCGCCAGAUGAUUCAUCAGCAUAUAGACCCAUCUGUACGCUAAACACGGUGCCUAUGGCGCCUGUUGGGACUCCACUGACUUCGCGCUUCGGAGUCUUCACAUGCCGGUAUUCACUGCAUGAAAUUCCGGAAAAUUAUUUUCAAAAUCGAGUGCUUGCUUACAACAUGCAAGUGGGUUAAACAUUCGUCCCAAGCUCCACAGAAGUACCGCUAGGCUCCAUUCCGGGCCCGGUGUCGAAAAAUGCCCUGCAUUCGAGUUGGUGAUCGCGCGCUCUGCUUCUAAGCUUGGUAAAGAACUGGACGCACCUCAGAAAACUGGAGGUAGCUCAUCAUGAGACGCAAGCGGGUUGGAUACAAAACCGAAAAACAUAGAGCUUUGGCUGUAGGAUCACGCCUGGUUAUCGCGGAUCGUUCAAAAAUUACAAGGCAUCAAUCGACGGGUCAACCACCAACCUGUCAGUGAAGCCCGAUUCAAUUUAGUUUAGUAGUUUGGUAAUAGGUUUAAGAGGUGAUGAGUGCAUCAAGCACAAAAUGGGAUGCAAUAAUUAACGGUAGUUUCAGGGCGAUAAAGGGCUGCAGAUAUAAAUUUAAAACAAAUGCACGAAUAUGCAGAUUUACGAGAACGCCGCUAGUGGAGUACUUGUACUAUCGUACAGGCUAGGGUUCUCGGAGUCUCAUAAUUUUUAAACAAGUAGAUUUUAUUGAUCCAUGAAUGUAGAAAAAUUGAAAAAUCAAGCAAUGCGUCGAAGAAUAACAAUUAUUGUAUGGUUAUUGGCUCUAUGUAAGGAAAGAUAGAUGGAUUUGCUGCUACAGUUCCGGGUAGUGAAUUUUUCCUUUCGAUGAUACUGAAUAUAAAAAUCCGCUAGAGUUAAAGUCGACGAGCCGAUAAAGUUUCCAGGCUAAAUAGAAUAAUCGGGUAAAUUUGUAGGGUCACUCCACGGAAGUCCACGCAAUGCAUAGUCAACAAUUUAUUUCUGUAUUCGUCCAAUUUUAGCAGCACUCUGUAUUUGUUUAAAAAAUUUUUGUUUCGAAAAUUUGAGUCGGGAACAAACAUUAUUCACAGACAGGUUGAAGAUAAGUGGACCGAGCACGCUCCCUUGCGGCACACCAGAUGCUUUCCAUGGUACGAAAGAGAGUUGCGAUUGAAUUUCAGUAACGUUUUCUCAUUUUACGGGACCUGUUACUCAUUUGGUACGCCAAAUCGUUUUAUCUCGAUCUACACAACUCAUGAUACGUACAGAUCACGACUAAAUCUGAAUCCUCCCAACCCACAUUGAUAUAUGGGAGAAAACAGAUACAUGAUUAGACAACAUCGGCCCUUAGAAGCGAGUCGCUUUUUUUUUUGUCGUGAGGGAAAGAGAGGAUAGCAACAGGAGAAUAUAAUGCAGACUGAGUAUCAGCAGAGGUAAGGUGAGGUGAUUGGGAAAGUGUGGUGGAAGGAACUACUUCGGCUGCGGUUAAGUUGAGUGGAAAUAGAAGAGAUUUACUGUCAUUUACUCUCUUUUUUUAAACAAAAGAAUCCUGAUCAUCAGCCAAAUGAAAAAGAAUAGAUCGGGAUUGUUCGUUUGCUGAAUAUUCUCCGAAUAACUUGAUAUACCAGGUUGUGCACAUCAAGAACUAAGUGUUGUGGUAUACACUCACAACAAAAAUAUAUUGUAAAAAGGUAGGCGAAGAGAGUGUACCAACAACGAUACAUAUUUUUUCGCACACUGACGAUGAUGUCAGUGCACCUUAGGCUUGAUUCUGUAAUAAUGAGAUAAACUGAAAAUGUAAUAAUGAGUGAAUAUCCUUAAAGAUCUUCGUAGAGCUGCCGUACGAGAUUAGCAGAGUUAUAGCCAUUGUACAGAUUAAUGGUAGAGUUCGAGGAUAUGUAUGAAGUGAUCGUGUAGGAAGUUCGACACGCACAACUGUUCCCUCCAGAUGAUAGCAAUGUGGUAUCGCAACUGACAUACAUUUGUAAUUGAAUUCAUCUGUAACCAGUGUUCCACCGCCUCAUUGCUUGUUAGCUUGCUACGAACACUUCGAGACAGCGCUUUUCUGGAUGACAACUAUGACUCGCGUAGGUCAGGUGAGAGCCUCUAGAAGUGAACACCAAAAUAUCGUAGCCACAAAUGGAGAGCAUAAACCUCAAUUUUUUUUUUCUUGGUUCGUGAGCCUCGUGCAUUUUGAUACUACACAGUCGGGAGAUUUUAAUUUACAGUAACAAUACGGGUGGUAGCUGAUGGUAAAUUGAUUGGGCGACAUCCAUAAAUUACGUAACUCAAAAAAUCCAAUUUUCGGACCCCCACCCUCUCAUACGUAACGAAACGUAACGCCAACCCCUCCAUAAAAAUUACGUAACACUGUAAAAAAAUGCUCAUUAAAAAUGCUAGUUUUUGGAGAGUCUCUGCAGAGAUUUUUUGUUACGUAACGCUAAUCUUAGAGUCAAGAUUUCUUUUGUGGCUGGAAUAGUUGGAGGUUGAAAGCGCCGGCGGAUAUGGUGGCGCCACUGAGUCAAGAGAAUUGGAGACUUCCUAAAUUCUAUUCAAUGUGCGUCUUGGCAAGGCUUCGGUGAGUCUUGCCGAUGUUUUCGCCAUGGAAGUGGUAAGAAUUGGAAACCGGAAAUGUGGCAGUAGAAAUAUGGGAUUAGUUAAAGUGCAUGCCUAAAAAGUCAGUUUGGCAAACUCUCCUUCAACUUCCGACCACAGGACUGAGAUGACUUGAGCGGCAGGAAACAACACGUAGAUGGUGAUAUUUGAUAUCUGAGUGGGGCUCGACUGUUUUGGAAUGGUUUCUUGCUUCCAUACUGCAUCCCGAGUUUUGUGAUGAGUGAUGAUUGAUGAACGAAGUUGCUUUUAGCUUCUUCUUCUUGUCCUUGGCGUUUGGGGAACCCCGAUUGUGACUUUCGAUUUUGUUAAUCGACGAACUCACGAAAGUAAAUAUGAUAGAGGCCACCGCAUGCCCCGGCAAGUCGGUGGCCCUCUCAGACUCUUUAAAGUUUGGCGUCUCUAUUUUAGAUGAUGCGUCUUGGCCGCAAGAACUUUUAAACAUUAAUUUUGGCUAACCCGUCUGUAGCUCUACUAUAACUGUUAGAAUGUCAACCGUCCUAAACUACAUAUUCAAUUGGUAUAACCUAGAAGGACUGAACGUUAAUCCUUCUAAAACAGUCAAAAUUCCAUUCAAAAGAAAGAGAAGGUAUAGUUUUGCAACUCUCAAGUUGGGAAAAACACAGUUGGAGCUUGGGCAUAAAAUGGAACGACCAUCUUGAGUAUGCAAUCUCCAAAAUUAACGGUUUGCAGUAAGACAGAUUUACUCGGCAAUAGUGAGACCCACAGUAACAUGUGCUUCGUUAGUAUGGGACCUAAAAAUGCACAAAUACACCUUAGUUACUACCCAAGUAACACACAAAACAUGUUAGAAAAUAAGUUACAACGAAAAUAGUUUUUUUCUAUCUCUGUAUGCCUGAAGGGCACUGGGUACUGAAAUGCCACUGCGACAUUCUUGCUGAUUGUCUUUUGUGGCGGGCCCCGAUUGCUGUGCACAGGUUACGGAUUGUUCGUACUCAUUGAUGGAGUAGAACUGUUUUGUUGUAAACCUGUACCCCAAUUAGGUACAACAUAGUUGAUGAAACUAAUGACCUGCUUGGGAUUGGAGCUCCAUGCUUGGUAUGGAGUUAAAAGGUAACUUCCUAAGAAGUUGUACCUAGAGGAAGCAAGAGCUUCGCAAGAGCAAAGCAAAUGCUCUGAACUCUCUGGUUCAGAUUUGCAGAAUCGGCAGGUGUCGUUCAACACCACGCCGAUUUUCUUUAAAUGAUAAAAAGCGGGACAGUGUCCGGUGAGGAGUCCCGUGAUUAUCCGUAGGUCACUACGAUUUAGACUAAGUAGCUUUCUGGCGGUUCCAGGGUUCGGAUAGAUAAACUGUUUGCCUUGUCUACAACCCUGAGCCUGUUGCCAUUGGGAUACUAUUUCUAGCCUUUCCCAAGUUAAUAGUUCGCUUUUGAUAGCGGAAAUGGACGUACCCAGAAACGGCUCGGGACCAAUAAACCGCUGAGCUGAUCCCUGUCUUGCUAGGUAGUCAGCGUGUUCAUUACCCUCGACUCCGCAGUGUCCGGGCACCCAAAACAGAAAAACUGAAUUCUGUCGGGAAAGUUCCCGUAGAGUUUCAAUGCAUUCCCAAACAAGUUUGGAAGCGCAUUUGACGGACUUAAGUGCUAGUAGUGCUGCUUGACUGUCCGAGAAUAUACCGAUUUUCGCAUGUCUGUAGUUGCGUUGCAGACAUAUUUUUGCGCAGAUAUAUAUGGCAUAAACCUCUGCUUGAAAAACGGUGGGCCAUUUUCCCAGGGAAAACGUUUCCCUGAUACCGGGUCCGUAUAUACCAGAUCCCGUUAGGGAUCCCAUUUUCGAGCCGUCCGUAUAAAAACUGACGAUGCCAGGUGGAAGAUUAGGCCCUCCAUUGUUCCACAUAGAGCGGUUUGUUUCAAUCACUCUAUAUGGAAUGUUGGUCCUAACGUCCAUCCAGUCGGAGACUGUGGUUAAUAGCGGAGUUAGUUUGAACUCCCUAAGUAUGCGAAGGUGGCCGAUUUGGUCCCCUUCAAGUAUGGUUUUCCUCCUUUGCAACCUUAGAGCGCCAAGCUAUGCUUCCUUUUUCACAUGAAGAUGUAGAGGUAGUAGGCAAAGCAUAGCUUCCAUGGCUGCAGUUGGAGUUGUUCGCAUAGCGCUGGUAACCGAAAGACAUGCAAGUCUUUGAACUUUUUUGAGUUUGGCUUGCGCAGUCACUUCGUUCACCUUAGGCCACCACACUAGGGCAGCAUAGGUGAUUCUUGGUCGGGCAAUGGUCUUGUAAGACCAGAGUUCCAAGUCUGGUUUCAGUCCCCAGGUCUUACCGAACAGAGUUCUGCAGGCCCAGAUCGCUGAGAUCGCUUUCUUAGCGGCAUGAUCCAGUUGUGCUUCAGAUUGUGUUCAGUUUCUUGUCCAGAAUAAUUCCGAGAUAUUUGACUUCAUUGCUGAAGCCCAGUCUAACUCCAUUCAGUAUUGGAGGAGUGAUGGAGAUCGUCCUUCGUCUGCUGAAUGGAAUUAGGACUGUUUUUAAGGGGUUUAUGUUUAGACCCUCCUGUAAACACCAUGACAUGGGGUAUUCAGAGCCGAAAGCUUGUUGAGAAGUGCGUCGACAACUAGUGACCAUAACAAGGGCGAGAAAACUCCUCCUUGCGGGCAUCCCUUGAUCACUGACAUUGUUACAGACGAAUCUCCCAAGAUUGCUGUGAUCACUCUGCUAGAGAGCAUUGCGUGUAUCCAGUUCCUUGAAGUUUGGUCGAUUCCCUUAUGAGAAAGAGCCGUAUCAAUUGAUGCAAAGGACGUGUUAUCGAAGGCCCCUUCAAUAUCAAGAAAGGCACAUAGCGCCGUCUCCUGAUAACUCAGGGACUUUUCAAUCAACGUCACUAAGCUGUGAAGAGCAGUUUCUGUUGACUUGCCGCUUUGAUAGGCAUGUUGGUUCCUGUUCAGCGGGCAGUCUUUAAGAAACUCAUCACGGAUAUAUUUAUCCAUUAUUUUCUCCAUCAACUUGAGAAGCGAUGAAGACUUAUGGGUCUGAAAGUUUUAGGUAGGGUUUUGUCCUUUCUUCCAACUUUGGGGAUAAACACUACCUUCACCUUCAGCCAGUUAUCCAGAAUAUGGCCCAGGAUAAAGCUGGCUCUGAAGAGGUUGAUGAGUUCGGACAUGAUAACUGCGGCCGAUUUUUGUAGAAAGAUGGGUAGUAUGCCGUCUGGACCUGGAAACUUCAUAGGGUCGAAUGAGCUUAGAGCCCAACCUAUUGAAGCUUCCGUGAACAGUCGACGGGUCAGCAGGAUGGACUCCCGAGACGCCAUAUGUCUCGAAUUGUCCUGCCGCAACCCAUCACUAUACAGUUCUUCGGUCUCUGUCGAUCCAGGAAAGUGGGUGUUUAUAAGAACCUCCAGCGUUUCCUUGGUAGUGACAGUGAGGCAUCCAUCCUCUUUUCUCACCUGUCCUAAACCGUUAGUAUGGUCUUUGGACAUCGCCUUUUGGAGCCGCGUAGCUUCCGGCAUAGUUUGAAUUUUUUCACAGAAACUAACUCUGGAUUUCCGUUUAGCCUUGCGUAGCUCGGCGUUGUACUUAGUGAGGGACGCCCUGUAGUCGUCCCAGUUAGACGUCUUUUGCCCUGUUGAACAACCGCCUAGUUUCCCGACGAAGGUCACUAAGUUGAUCAUUCCACCAGGGUACGUCACGGCAUACUGACCGCUGUGUUAGUGGACAUUUAGCGUCGAAAGCAUCCAUGAUUCUGUUUUGUAGAUCAUUUGCUGCCGAAUUCAGGUCAACUGAAUUUCGAAUGUUGCUGUAACUGAAAGUUCGUGAAUCGAUCAGGUGUUCCUUAGAAGAUUCCCAAUCUGUAUUCUUAGGAUUUCUGAACAGCUCUCUUUUCAGAGGGUUAGCCUCUAUAUUAAAAACGAUGUGUCUGUGGUCCGACAAACUAGUUUCAUCGGAGACAUGCCAAUUUUUAAUGCUUUCAGAAAUAGAGGCGCUACACAGAGUGAGAUCAAGGACCUCCUGUCUGAUAGCGUUGAUAAACGUGGGGUUAUUCCCUACAUUACAUACAUUGACAUCGUUAGAAGUAAGGUAUUCAAGUAGGCACUCACCCCUGGUGUUGGUGUCCGAGCUGCCCCCGAGCUGGUGUUGGUGACGGCUGCCAACAGCGGUUUGGCUGAUUGAUGGAAGUUGCUCUUCCUCACUGUUCGGCUUCGGUUGCAGCAGUCGAUUGGCAACAGAAGGUCGUCGCGCACACUGUGGCGGUUUUUGACUCCGGGGGGUGCGACUUUUCGGUGGUUGAUGCUUCACACUCUUGCGAGUCUUCGGCGGAACCGUCCGAGCAGCCGCGGCGUUGCGAUGUUUGGGUGGUCACAGGGCACUCACGGGGGAGCAUCCUGCGCAUACCUUCCCAAUCGCAGGGUUGCGUUUGGGUGGUUGUGGGGCACUCCCGGAGGAGUUUCCCACGCGAACCUUAAGCCCAUUCGCAGGAUCGCUUUGCCUGGGUGGUGGCAGAGUACUCCCGGAGGAGUUACCCGCACGUACCUUCCCUGACAUUGCGACGGAGUUUUUCCUGCCAGUGACGUUCGGCCUUCCGCUUAUCUUUCGGAUGCGUGCUUUGCCGAAACCGUAGUGCAGUUCAUUAUUUCUACUCUCAACGAGUUUGGCCGAUUCUUCGUCAAUUUCCAGAACUAGUUCGACCAAGGUCUUUACCAAUUUGCGGUUACAGACUCGCCACAUUUUGGUAGAGAGAUGGUCGUUCUGAUUGUGGAGUGAACGAAGAAUCUUCUCGUCCGGAGAGUUCGCACUGUCCGCGAAGUAACCGACAUACCGUCUGGCCUUCGGCAGAUCCUUCAUGUGGUAUACACGAAGUUGUGCUCCCUCCCAUGGUACGAGAGAAGGUACCUUCCUUUCCAACCACUGCACUGUGUCGUUGUCGGCACAGGCAAGUUGCAGGAAGCCAUUUUUUAGAUGGCAACCGUUAAACUUGGGUUUGGUGGUUAGAUUUUCCUGGUCCGCAAUGUGAUCGAGGAUGGAGGUCCGGACAGCCUGAAGCUCGUCCGUUGUGAGUAGGAAGCUGGGGUGGGUAGCAGAAGUAACCGCAAGGCUUAUAGCUCCCACCAUGUCCCUAUAUGUGGCCUUCGGGAGCGGCUUCGAACCCGAUGACCCCAAACCAGUGCCGUUCCGCAGUUUUUUAGGCUGUGGACACUUAGUACUGGUGUUUGAGGACACCAAGUCGUCCGACCGCUGUCGCUUGACGGCGACUUGGUUCGAUUGAGCAGGCUGCUCUGUUGGAAGGAGGGCCAGCUUCCUGGCUUCUUCGUACGAGAGACCGGAGCGAAGAUUUUUGCUCAGUCGCCGCCUUUGCGCAUUUGAAAGUCGCUUGACAAGGGGUGCCGAUGAUUCGGGUUUCCCUUCGUCAUCGGGCCUUGUCUGUGGACCGGGAACUAAGUCCAUUUGACUUCCGUCAUUCCCUUGUGGAGGAAGUAGGAUUAAGGAUGAAGCAGAGGGUCCUCCUUCCAGCGAUUCGCUGUCAAGGUUGAAAUCAUCCUCAUGCUCCAUCUUCUCCGUUCUGCCCGGUGCGUUUGUUUUUAUUGGACUACGCUCCGAUGAGUCCAUGGGUUCCGGCAAAGAAAGGCUGCCGGUGGCCGAAUUUUGUGAAGUUUUGUCGUUCAUAAAAUUCCCAUGAGUCGCUGGGUAAAGAAGAGUCCGCUGCAUCAGUGACCCGCGUGAUGCAGUAAGGGCUAAUUACUGUGAAGGGUGCCCUGGUACUCCACAGGCUCCGUUAGAGGCUGGGUAUUUCUUAAACCCCCCCCCCCCCACCACGUCAUCCAUCGGCACGGGUCGCAUAACACCUUAGCUUAGGGGCUUUAACCAUUGGAUUUUACGCAACAGCCAUGGUUAAGAGCUGUUGCAACCAUCCUCCUUUACAGGGGCUUUGGACCCUCUGCUACAGUUCUCAAUAAUUCAAGUCUAUUCGUAAAGGCUAAACUGAACCAAGAGAAUCGUAACAGGCGGAGUUCUAAAAAUAGUUACUAUAUUAUAUUAUACCAAGUAUAUAGGUGUACUACAAGCGUAAUUGAAAACUUGUGUCAUUAUAUUGUGUUCGAAGUUGGUUUUCAUCAGUAAUUCAACCGAAUUUCGAAAACAAGCCCGUUUUUUCUUGUUCUAGAUAUUUUUUAAAUAACACGAGUUCAACAAUAACAAUAUCCUCACUAUGUCUUUUCGUAAGACAUUAAAUCAUCUAAUAUCAACACUACGUACACGUAAAUUGCUUCUCUUCAGGGCAAAGCAUUCAGCAGCCACGGUAAAAUUACUUGAUCAAAUUAAUAUUUGAGUUAUUCGAACUAUUUCUAUAUUUAUUCGAAGCGGGUCAACAUGCGCCAUCUGAAGAUAAACAAAACGCUUGCAGUGUAACCAAUAUUAUUGUUAUCGCAUAUCUAACUACGUUUUCUAGUUUUGUUAGAUCUUAUGUCCAAAUAACGUUGAAACUAUGCGAAAACAAUUUCAAUAUUCAAGCGAAAGAAACAGCUCAUUUUAAUAGGUUGAAUAUUAUUUUUUAUCAUCAAUUUAGAAUCAAUCAAAACUGCCACUUAUAAAAACGAUUGUCGAUCUAGUUGCACUGCGCAGACUCAACACAUUUGCGCGUGUGCUGGUUGACAGUUGUCAUAGCAGCAGAUUUGCGCAUUGCCGUAUUAGUAUUCGAGAUGUAUUUUGCCAAUUCAUCCUAUCAAGUUGGCUUGCUUUCAUGCAGUUAUGUAAUAGGGUAAUCGCUCCAUUAUUCAUUUCAACAGCUAGGUGCACCUAUAUUCAUCUUAUUUCUCUCGUUUGUCCAAUUUACCGUCAAAUUUCUAGAAAUUGUGAAAGUAAAUCUAUUUGCUACUCGAUUUUGUCAAGUUUUUGCAGGUUUCACGUUGAAAAUAUGGUAAAAUUUUACGAUAAAUUGAUCAAAAAGGCGUGAUGAGAUGAAUAUAGGUACUGAGAUGAAUAUAGGUUACCCCACUUCAUAUAGUGUCGGUACUUAUUUUAGUAGCCUUCAUUUUUUGCGCUUUUCUGGUGAUCUCCUCCUCUGUCACGACAUUCGGACCGAGACGACUUUGAUGGCUGGAACAAGUAAUUAUUGGAAGCGGCGGGUGAAUUUUAGGCUUCCUGGAUGCUGUUUAACGUGCAUCUUGGUGAAGCUUCGCUGAAAACCCAAAAUACGUUAGCAGGUGGAUCGAACAGAUAGAAUUACUUGCAUGCAAAAUAAGGUGAUAAAACUCUUCCUCAACUUUCGACCGCAGAUUCACGAUGAUUCGAAAGGCGGAAACCAAUAUGUAGACGAUGAUACUCGGCACAGGCGUUUGGCUCGACUCAGCCGGAGUGGUUGAGAGCUCUCAUAAUGCUUUAUUUACACCAUGAAAGGACUUGCUUGUAGCUGCAGCGAAACCAUAAUCUGAAUGAGGCGUUUUAGGGAACCCCGAUUAUGAUCAUCGAUUUUGGUAAUCGAAGAACUUACGAAAAUAAAUGGUACACCAAUAUUAUAUCUUAUUGUGGUUUAUAAAGUUGGUAUUCGGAAUAAUCCGGGUGCAAUAAAACACUUACAAGGCAUUGUUCUUCCUACAUGACUAUUCAUUUCAUAACUAUGGGAUAUGGUUUACAAAUUCACUGGUUCAAAACAUCCUUAUUCUUCAUUCAUGUAAAAAUCUCGUACUUUGCGCUUCACUUCAUCCAUUAGAAUUUGUACAAUCUCCUCGGCGGUCGCAACCGUUCAACCAGAGCCCAAUAUCUCUCGCUUUCGCGCAGCUGUAGUCAGUUGACUCCAUCACGGUUCAAACAUAAUGACAUGAUGCCAAGUCAGGGCAAAACAAUGAAUUAAUGUCAUGAAAGCACUCGUUUUGAUCAAUGUCCUUGUUGAUUGAGUCUAUGAUGAUAAAAGAUAAGCUAUUUCUUGGGGAACUUGGCCAUCUCUUUGUCCUGAAAUACUCUUUCGUAUCAUUUCCGGCCAUAACAAUGUAAUAAGCCAACCCUGGAAGUUGUUUGAAGGCUACCCCGACGCAUUUUUCAUCGUCCAUUACGACGCAUGAAAUUGUUGUCGAAAAAUCGCAAUACAGUUUUCGAGCACGUGUUUUGCCGUCAAAAUUUUGCUGAUCGUCAUAGUUGAAGACUUUCUCGACUUUGUGUGAUUUCAAACCGUAACGCUUCUUUAGAUUGCUGACCGAAUCAUUGGGACAUUUCUACUUUUCGAGCCACAGUUCGGCUAGAGAGGUCUUAUUCACCUUUCUGUUUGAAGAACCAUCCGUACAACAAAUUGUUUUGUCACUUUUUGGGUUUCCUUUCGACACUCAAAGGUUAAGAAAAACUUUUCAACACAUUGUAGACUAUGGUUUCAUGUUUCACGUUUCAAAAAGUGAGGAUUUUCGGUAUGGGUAAACAAGGUAAGACCGCCCUGCGGGGUAAGACCGCCCACCGUAGUUUUACUACCAAGUUAUAAAAUAAUUGAAAAAUUUCUUUAACGUGUCUAUUACAGUAUAAUUACAUGACAUUUUGCACGUUUUUCUGUUUUGAUAGUGCACGAACGGUCGCAGAAAUAAUCAAAAACAACCUUUCAGCUGGCAACCAAACAAUGCGCUAUUGUUUUGCGGCAACGGGACUUAAGGUUUUUCAGUCUAAAAAUCUAUUGUUUUGUUCGUGAAUAUACGUUUAAUCGCUUGCCUGAAUCUAUCUUCUUUCGGAAAUAUCGAAGGCCGUGAGUAAUCUUGUAAUUUUGACUACUUUUUCGGUCAAAUAUGAAAAUGUUCCACUGGGGGUAAAGUCGCCCACUAUACAAGGGGUAAAACCGCCACUAGCCCAACUGCUUGUUGUUUUACUUCAAGACCCAAAUGCCUCGACACUACAAAGGGAAUAUUUACAGGAUCAGUAAAGCAACUUCAAGCCACAUAAGACAUCGAUGUUGAUCGACCGUUUUCGAUUUGGUUUAAGCUUUUCUAGUAAUAUAUUUUAACAAGACUUAUUUUUGAAAAAAGUAAACCUGUAUGAAAAUGGUGUUAAGGAACCAAAAUAAUUUUAGAGCCAGGACGGUGUGUUUGAUAGGUAUGACGUCUCCGGCAGAAUUGAAAAUAGUAGUUUUUUACUCUCGAAAAAAGUACACACUCUAAAAAAAUUUAAAGAAAAAAUAUAGAAAUAGAAUUAAAAAUAUAUUUGUUUUUCAAAUUUUUUUGAAAAAAACAUGUUUUUGCCUGUAAAAUCUACAAAAAGUAAGCUAAAAUUUUAUGGUUGUUGGAUCAUGGAGUAAUAGAAAUAUGAAUAGCUUAAUUUUUGUGAAGAAUUUUUUUUUGGACGGUUUAUUUGGUGUAUGGAGUCGUUGGUAAUUUUGUUCUUCAAAAAAAAAAACAUAGAAACACAUAGAAUUGAAAAUAUAAAUAAAACAAAUAAUAAUUAUUAGUAUUUUUCUAUACAUAAUAAGUCUUCAAAAAAAUUAUACAGAUAGGUUUAAUGAGUUUUAAUUUUUAGCUUAAAAAUUUUUCAAUAUCUUGAAAAACCCCAAUUCUGAAAAAUAUAUGUAUUUUGAAAACCAAAAAAGUUACGUAAACAUUGAUUUGAACUUGAAUAAUCAGAAAACAAAAUAAGUUAAAACUUAGAAAAAAAAAAUUUUUUUUUAGAUUUUUCACAGUGUAUAUUUUAUUAAAAAAGAAAAAAAAUACCAUCUACAACUUUGUCAGAGACACUAUACCAAUAGAAUCAACCGUUUCGGCCCUAAAAAUAUUGUUUAUCCUCAAAAAAUGGUGGGCGAUCUUACCCCGCUGGUGGGCGCAUGAAAAAGAUCUGCACAUUUUCAAUGAAUUUUUAAAAUUAGAAAAAAAGCUGGAAAAUAAACAAGAAUAUUUCAGUUCUUAUUUUUUAAAUGCGGGUAUUGAAUAGAAGAACCUCUUAGCGAAGAAAAAAUGAAAUUGCAGCCGCAACUUUUUUUUCUAUAAACAGAAUUGCUUAAGGGGGCGGUCUUACCUCGCUUACCCCUACGGCUGUACAAGAUCCGUUCGCGCCCGUACUUUUCGUUCGUCGACGGUUUGACACAUCCAUGUCACGAACGUCAUUCCCAUACAUUUAGCUUGAAGCCAUUUUUCUCUGGCUCUCUGGCUCGAUUUUAUGUCAAAAGGCUGUCAGUGCUUUCGAAACAGCCGAAUAAGCUUCGUUCAUGCAAAAUCAGCUGUUGCUGCAAGUGGUGUGUAGAAAUCUAAAAAGCGAAGAAUGUUUUUUUUGUUUCGUUCGUUCUCUAGAUGUUGUGCAGGACAUAAAUAGAUAUGUCCAGACAUGUUUCAACACGUUCUGGAUCAUAAAUUCAAUAAUUAUAUUGAUAUGUAUUCAUUAAAACUUUUCACGCGAAAAAAAUGUGCAACAGCCUAUGCGGCACAAUGAACGGAGCUUAAGAUCAUAUCAUUAACAGUAGCGCCAUCAUCAUCGGCGGCGGCUUCAGGCCACAGUCGCCGUGACAUGGGUCUGCGGUUUGAGCACUGUUUACGAAAUGUCAAAACAAAUCAAAGAAGGCGAAAGUAUAGACCCCCAGUUAUGUUCGACUGAAAAGAGUCGUUCAUCGAUUGGAUAUUGCUAUUUUGUGCUCGGUUAUAGGACUCUGCUUUCAUGAUUCUGUUUUCCGUAGUUCUACUUUCUGUGAUGAGCCCAUCAGGAUCACAAAAACAUAAUUUAUAAACUGUUAGUGACUAACUUGUAAAUCAAGUUUCUGUGGAACAUUUUCAGCAAUUCGAAGAGUAUAGAAUCGGAAGUAUAUUCCACUAGUUUAAAAGUUGUUCACGAUGAAAAAAUUGCACGAUAGGUUUGGUUGUUUCUUUUUACAAAAAAAAAGCAAAAAGUCAAAAUAUACCACAAAAGAUCAAGACAGUUGUCGCAUAAUCUUACGAAAAAAAAUCCACGAAACUUCCUCAUGCAAGGGAAAUUUUUUUCGAGUUUUUUUCUGUAGAUUUAUUAAAACACUGUGAUAAAAGUUUCAACGAUUCGAAAUUCAAUACUCGAAACAAAUCACGGUUGCCAUAAUAACCGUUUAUUUCGACUCUUUAACGGGCGACUAUUAGAGCGUCCCCAAAAUACUAAAAAGUUGCUUUCAACAAAUUUUUCUGGUGUAAUUAUCAUUCAAUUUAGAUAAGAAACGCUGAGUUGUGAUGAAAUAUUCUGAAAAUAAAACAAAACAAGCCUAGCUUCCAACCUGUUUCCUGUUAUCAUCAGAUAAACUCAUCAAGUGACAUCAAAUACCUCUAAACAUAUGAUAUUAAUUGCCGAAAAUUAAAAUAAUUCAAACAUUUAUUAGGUUUCACCUAACUAAUGGGCACACAUAACCUGGUUGGCAUUUAAUGCAUACCACCAUCAGCAUUAGAUGCGGCUCACAUUCGUGAAAAUAUUUCACAAUUUUUUCCCUUGUAUCAAAAUGCAAAAUUCAGAGUGAUCCGCACAAUAAAAAACCUUCAAUUCACCGUCGAAGCCCGCUUCAACGCUGCAUAUUUUAUUCACAUCAGAUGGAGAAAAUCAUAUCAAUAUCAUUCGUCAUUUAAUUGAAUUCGAGUGGUGAAAACCGAUAAACCGAUCGUACAUUAAUUAUCUGAUAGAUUAUGGCCAAACAGAAUCAUCAAUCUACUCCCCCUUCAGCAUGUCCCUCUUCGCCCCGUGAGCCGUUUUUCAUACACACACACUUCUCGCGCAAUCGAUGCAAAUGAAAUCUCUAUUUUAUUUUUUAAAGUGCCCUCCGGCGAGAAUCCAACACUAUCGUGUUCCGCGCCAUAAUAAUCGACCACACGGCAUUUGUUGACGGGGUUUUACCUUUCAUCCUUCUCCCAAUCCACUUCUCCUCCUCGCAACCAUGUUAGUAUAUUCUAAUCCACCAUUAUCAUAUCAACACAAACAUGCGACACCCGGCUUUGCGGCUGCUAUUUUAGAAAUUCAAUGAAUCGAAUGAUUUCUAACUUUUGGGUUUGCCGCCAGAAGCGCUGAAGGGGCUAAAGACGAACCGUAUAAAUAUGAGCGCAAUUUAAAUCUCAUCACUAUGCAUGGGAGUUCAGUUUUAAGCGGAGCGCCCGCAGGAAAUUGCGCAACGGAUAUGAGAUAGCGAAGGAAAACUAAUUUUUUCUCCCCUCUUCCCCGGUCGUCCGUCCGCAGAAUGUGAAACAUCAUUACCAGCGAGAGAAAGUAUGCAACAUAUCGCGAGAAAUCAGCAGAUAAAACUACUGAUUUCAUAUCACAACCAAACAUAUUGCCGAUUAAUGUAAGAAGUUAAAAUUUCUCUAAGAUGAAAACGCACGAAAUUAAAUGCGCAAAAGUGAAAAUUAUCAAAGAAAACUAAAAGUACUGAUUUCUUUCGGAAAGCUUUUUGUAUAUCGCUGUGAGCAGGCUAAAAUUUAAAAAUAAAACCAGUGUUUCUCUAAAUAUUUAACAAUCGUUCAGAAAAAACGUACUUAUUUUUGAUUUUCCAAAAUGUACCCUUCGUUAAGCGUAAAUCUGAAAUCCAAAUGAUGAAGAGCGACCCGAGUGCCAUGAACAAAAAAAAAUCAAAAAUCAAGCGAUUAAACUAUAUAUCAGAUGAAGCGAAACAUGAUCACAUCCCAAAAACUAGGUAACUAUCGUGUGGAGCGAGAGAAAAAAAAAUGCUUUGCAAUCAAGCAAGCAGACAGAAUCAUUAUUAUGAAUAAAUAUAAAUGAUUAAAUCUAA